AUGGGUUGUGGUGAAACCUGCGUAAAAUAUAUACUGUUCAUAGUGAACUUGAUCUUUGCGCUAGCGGGCCUGGCCCUCUUGGGGCUGGGUAUUGCGGUACAACUACGGAUCGCUACGGUGGUCACCAUAGCGGAGACAAAUGUCCAUGUUGCUCCCAUAUGGGCUAUGGUAGUUGGUGGCAUCGUGUUCCUGAUCGCAUUCUUCGGCUGUUGUGGUGCUAUCAAGGAGAACAACUGCAUGUUAGUCACCUACGCCAUCAUUAUGAUAGUUUUGAUGAUCCUGAAAGUAGCACUCGCCAGUCUGAUCUUCGUAAACUUGGACGCUGUAGUGGCUGAAAUUAUUAAAAAUUUGAAUGAAGCAUUUAGUAGUGACCAAGCCGCAUUCCAGGAGCUUGAAUCAUACUUCCAGUGCUGCGGUACAACCGGCGCAAGUUCAUACACCGGCACGUUACCGGACAGGUGCUGCGCGGACACUCCUUGUACAGCUACCAACGCGUACUCCGGCUGCAACGAGCAAGUGGAGAGUCUGUUCGAGACCUUCGGCUUCACCAUCGGCUUGUUAACUAUUGUUGUCGCCGCUUUUGAGCUGGUGGCGGUGGUGUUCGCCCUGUGUCUGGCCAAACACGCGCGUAGGAAGAACUCACACUAUUAA